AUCGCCGCCCUCCGGCCCAGACAACCCCACCCUCCUCGAAAGGCUGCUACGGAACACGCUUCCAUGUCAUAUUCCUGAAACCAACAAACAUAACAAAAAACCACCAUCCCCCAUAUACAAUCUCUCUUUGAUUCCCACCCAUCUUCUGCGCUCGUCAGCCUUCCCGACGAGCCGCCCCAACCGUACUUCACCAUUCCUCCCACAACCAGAAAGCGGAAGGCUGCCGAGCCGUCGACCUCAUCCGCCCCGAACAAGAGGAUCUCAGCUGCAGCAUUAGUGACUCGGCCACCAGCUCCCCCGACCCCAAACACGAUGGACUCCGAAGACGAGUUCAUGUCGGCCAUAUCUAGCGGUGACGAGGACGUCAUGAGUGAUAAUGAAGACAUGUCGGGAGCAGAAGAUUUCGACUCCGAACUCGAUGCAGACCUCGACGUCGACCUUGCCAAAGAUCCCCCGAAGCGAAAAGCAGCACACGACAUCACAUUUAGCGUCUACAGCCCCGAGGACCUGAGGAAGCAGCAGGAUGACUUAAUCGACGAGGUUAACAUGAUUUUGGAGAUGCGGAAGGAGGAUGCAGCCAUCCUAUUGAGGCACUUCAGGUGGAACAGGGAGAGGCUAAUCGAGGAGUACAUGGACAACCGAAAGAAGGUCCUGGAAGUCGCCGGCCUGGGACCAAAUGUUGGAGGUGGUCCCCAACUACAAGUCAUCCCUGGUUUCUGCUGCGAUAUAUGCUGCGAGGAUGAAGAAGGUUUACAAUCAUUCGCUAUGAAGUGUGGCCAUCGAUACUGCGUGGACUGCUACCGUCAAUACCUGACCCAAAAGAUUAGGGAAGAAGGGGAGGCGGCGCGUAUCCAGUGCCCCAGUGAAGGCUGCCACCGCAUUAUCGACGCCAAAUCGCUCGAUCUUUUGGUCACUCCAGAACUCAAAGAGCGGUAUCACGUGCUGCUACAACGGACUUAUGUCGAGGAUAAGGAUACACUUAAGUGGUGUCCCGGGCCCGACUGUCAAAACGCUAUCGAUUGCUCUAUCAAAAAGAAGGACCUUCACCGAGUCGUUCCGACGGUGACGUGCAACUGCAAGAUGCGAUUCUGCUUCGGAUGCACCCUCAACGACCACCAGCCGGCGCCAUGCGAGUUGGUCAAGAUGUGGCUCAAGAAAUGCGCAGACGACUCGGAGACGGCCAACUGGAUCAGUGCAAACACCAAGGAGUGCCCCAAGUGCAACUCAACCAUAGAGAAGAACGGCGGCUGCAACCACAUGACAUGCAGGAAAUGCAGGCAUGAAUUCUGCUGGAUGUGUAUGGGCAUUUGGUCUGAGCACGGCACGAGCUGGUACAAUUGCAACCGUUUCGAGGAGAAGAGUGGGACGGAUGCCAGGGACGCCCAGGCCAAGUCAAGGCUGUCACUUGAACGUUACCUACACUACUACAACCGAUACGCAAACCACGAACAGUCUGCCCGGCUCGACAAGGACAUUUACCACAAGACGGAAAAGAAGAUGACCAUGUUGCAGACGGCCUCGGGCAUGUCUUGGAUCGAGGUUCAGUAUCUUGAGGCUGCGUCACAGGCACUGCAAACGUGCCGUCAGACUCUUAAGUGGACUUAUGCCUUUGCAUUUUACCUGUCACGCAACCAUCUUACGACGAUAUUCGAGGACAACCAGAAGGAUCUCGAAAUGGCGGUCGAAGCUUUGUCGGAGAUGUUUGAAAAGCCCGUGGCAGAGCUGGCCGAUUCUAAGCAAAAAGUCGACAUAAUGGACAAGACGGCUUACUGCAACCGGCGCCGAGUCAUUCUUCUCGAGGAUACAGCCGAGAAUCUAGCAAAUGGCCAGUGGACCUUUAACGUGGACAUUGGGUCGUCUGCCAGUGCUGGCCGUCGCUAGCUGCAUCUGGUCGCAAGACGAAUGAAGAGGUGGUUCAGAGAAUUUCGGACGGCUCAACGUGAUUGACCACCGAGGAUUCAAGCCCCCUGCUACAGGAAACUCCUCGCCCAGGUUGAGUACAAGUCGAAAUUCAUUCUACGGUACGAAAUUGUAGUUUGAUAUAACUUGGCGAGACUGUCAUAUCAUGGCGAAAGACUAGUUGAGGACGCAGAUUAUAGAAACACAAGUCUUGGGCAAGGUCGGAGCGAGAUACAUUGUCUUUGAAAUUGCGGUAACUUUCCACUCAUCUUUCUAUAGUUCUACUUUUGCUGUUUGGAGUUUGGUGGGGUUCAUGGUACAGAUCUUCCAUUUUGAUCUCAGUCUUUCAUCCUCUUUCUUUUCACUCUAUUAUGGGAUAUUCUGCAGUGUUCUUUUCACACUGCCUCCCACCUAGAUAUCUACUGCAUCUGUCACUGGGCUUGCAGAGGAAUGGGGAUGAGUGAGGGCGUCAUUGUCGCUUUUGCACACUGUUCAGUUUCAAUUUUGAGCGUUAACGCAUUUUCUAUACACGGUGGUACUCAGUCCUAUUCCUAGCAAGAGACAUUCAGACCGUC